AUGGCACCACCCUACACCCGAAUCCUCGACUUCUGGUUUAGCCCCAAAUCCUCCCCAACCCACCUCCAAGAGAAAUCCUUCUGGUACGGCAGCCCAUCCGACGACGCCCACGUCCGCCAUCACCUGGGUACAGACUACGAAUCCGCCCAAUCCGGCCUCCUAGAUAACUGGCAACACCUUGGCGACGGUGAGGGCGCACUAGCCCUAAUUCUACUCCUUGACCAGGUCCCCCGGAACAUCUUCCGAGGUUCACCGCGGGCGUAUGCCACGGAUAACAAAGCCGUAGCCGUGGCGCGGUAUGCGGUGCUGGGCCGUGGGUGGGAUCGUAAUAUGCCGAGUAUUCUGAGGAGGUAUAUGUAUUCGCCGUUUAAUCAUUCUGAGGAUUUACGGGACCAGGAGGUGUCGGUGAGGUUGUUUACGGAGUUGGGAGAUGGGUAUCAUUUACAUUGGGCUAGGAGUUUUUAUGAGCAGAUUAAACGGGAUGGGAGGUUCAAGCAUAGGGAUGCAGUGUUGGGGAGGAAAUAA